GCCGACAAUUAGUUUUGUAUAUAAUCAUAUCUGAAACUGUUGUUUUACGCUUUAUAGUUUUUUCUUUGUUCAGUGUAAACAUCAUUUAAAAAGUUCAAAGAUCUCAUAGUUAUUAGAUGUGAAAAUACUAGUGUCUUGUAUAGUUUUUCUGUGAUGUACGAGCGUGCUGAAAAAUGUGGAAGCAAGCUUAUAGAGUUGUAGUGAUACUUGUAGCAUCUGGAUUUUUUCACCACAGUCAUGCUUGCACAGUAGAAGACGUAGACCAGAGCGUUCCUGUUACAAGAGAAAUAAAAGACACAUUUAGAGGCAUCUUUUUUUCAAGUAAUACUCAAAAUAUUCAAGAACCCGUUUCUUUAAUACAAAACGAAGGUCUAAAGGAAGGACCGUAUCUUGAUAUUUUCCUAAAUAACUCACUGCUUACCAUCGGUACCAACGACAACUUUGCCAAUUAUGAAGAAGUUGAAACCGAAACGACUAUGAGAUACACAGUAAAUUUAGGAUGUACAAGUGGUUCGCGACUGAGUUUUGUUUUGAUUAUAAACAUAAGAGACACAAACAACAAUAACCCUAUAUUUCUGCAACCGGAAUACGAGUUUAACAUCGUCCUACCAGUUCCGCCUGGAUUCAUGGUCACCAAUUGUGAAAAUGACAUUGUUGUCAGAGAUAUAGAUCUUACCACUCGAAGGAUUGAUUUUAAACUGAAUGGAAGCGAUCUCUUUGAAAUAUCGUACGACCCAUCUUCUAAAGUUCCAAAAGAAUUUAAAUCGAUACUCAGAACGACUACUUUGAUAAGAUAUAUACCCGAGCAAAUAACACUGACGUUGACGGCCACGGAUGUCGACGAAACUAGCGAUCCGGCAAGAUCAAACACUACGACGGUUAUCAUCAAAGCAGACAAUCAAUUUCAAUUUCCUGAUGAGCCAAUAUUUUCACAACCUUUUUAUUUGGCAUCAUAUGAAAGGGAAAGCGAUUUUGUAUUACAAGAUACCAUUUAUUUGGAACAGGGUUAUGACGAUCAAGUAAAAUUCAGUUUUGAAAGCGAUUUUUCUGAAUACUUUAAUAUGAUCGUAGACGGUAACAAAGUUCAGUUUAAUAUGAAUAAAUCGAUACCAGUCCAAUUGUAUGAAAAAAAACAGAUAUAUUUAGUUGUAAAAGCAGAAAGAGAGUACACUAGUGGUGCCACUGCUGCGGUUAUUUUGAAAUUACCAAUAGAUACUAAGUUAGAAUUUGAGAGAGCUAUUUACAAAGGAAAAAUAACUGAUAACGUUUUAAACCUAACAGAUUUAAUAUUAAAACAAGGCUAUGAACAUUCCAAUAUAACAGUAGAAAUAAGCAGUGAAUACUCUUUCAAAGCGACUGUUCUAUCAAAUAUCAUAAAAUUAUCAAUGGAUCCUUUGACGGAGGAUGUUAUUAGAAAUAAUAAUUUUAUUGGUUUGGAAGUACUAGCCUCAAAUAACCGAACUAAGGCAAGAACUAUUGUAGUAUUAGAAAUCAUCAAAGAAGAUACCAUAACUCCAGUAUUUGAAAAAUAUAUAUAUAAUGGUAAUUAUAGCAACGAAACGGGAUUUGUCAUGGACGAUAUCAUAUUAAUUCAAGGCUUUGAUGAAACAGUCAACCUAACUCUAGAAGGAGAAUACUUCACAUUCUUCGAAAUAUCGCAGGAUGGAGCAAGAAUAAGACUUAAACCUUUGGCUACACCUGAAGAAUUGAUGAAAACAAAUAUUAUUUUAAGCAUACUUGCUGUUAAACCAAGAACAGUCGGAGCACAUGCUACAAUCAAUAUAGCGGUGCCAUCAGCUAGAUCUUUGGUUUUUGAAAAGGAUUUGUAUAUUGGAACAAUAGAAAAGAAUAAUUUAACACUCAACAACAUUGUUCUAACCGAAGGAUAUGCCUCAGACAUUAAUUUCACCUUAACUGGCGAUCUUUCAAAUCACUUUUCCGUAAGUAACAAUCAAAACAUCCUAACUGUCUCCGUAACAACGGAAUUGCCGGAGACAGUUGUAUUGGAGAACGACUUUAUUGUAUUGACUCUCGUUGCAUUUGGAAUGAAAGCUAUUACAACUUCAACAAAUAUCGUCAUUCGAAUAAUAAAAGAGGACUAUCUAACUCCCAUUUUUAACGAGCGGAUCUAUUCUGUAAAGUACGAGAAUGAUCAACUAAAUGCCGUCAAUAUGACAUUGAUCCAAGGUUUUGACGAAACUGUCACAUUUGAAUUGAUUGGCGUCCACAGAGAAUUCUUUAGUUUAGAAACUAGUCUCAACACAAUAAAACUAGUUGUGAACUCCACUAUACCAGAAGAUAUUAUAUUUAAUGAAAAGGUUAUCAUAUUAAAUGUUGUGGCUCGAAAGCCCCUAACAGUUGGAGCAAAUGCAGCAGUGUAUAUUACAUUUCCACCAGAGAUGACAGAGCUAGGCGUAUUGAAUUUCACCCAAAAUGCCUAUAGUGGUUCUUUAAAAGAGGGCGUCCUUAUAGUAGAAGAUAUAAUACUUGAAUAUGGUUACACGCCACAAACUACAUUUAUUCUAAGCGGAGACCAUUCAGAUAAAUUUUCCUUAAAUUAUUCAAGCAAUGUUAUCACAGUAAUACUAAACAGUAAUGUAUCGUUGGAGGAAAUCGAAAGACAGAAUUUUAUUACUUUAGAAGUUAAAGCAACAAGAAGAAGGACUAUUCCAGCAACAACUGUAGUAGUGGUGUAUAUCAAUAGAACUAGCAUAGGUAGUCCCAUAUUUGAACAAGCAUUUUAUAGCGGCAGUUACACUAACGAUGGUGGAUUAGUAUUUGAACAAGUAAUAUCAUUACAGGAAGGUUUUGAUAGUACUGUAGAAUUUAAUUUAGAAAAAGAAUAUUCACAGUGGUUUGUGUUGGAACAAAAUGGCAAUUCUGUAAUAUUAAAAUUAAAUACUUCAAAUCCUAUACCAGAGGCCAUCACAGAAAAAAACAAGCAAUUUUUAAUCACAAUUUUUGCCAGGAAACCAGAAACGGUUGAUGGAAGAGCAGUCAUAUAUAUAGAUCUACCGAAAGAAAAUAGCAAUAUCAGAAUUCUUCAAUUUGAACAUGUCAGCUAUUUGGGAAGUAUAGAAAGCGGAGUAAUACAACUAGAAGAGAUUCGUCUCAGGACCGAAAUUACGUCAGCGAUGGAUUUCAAUAUAACCGGAGUUGCAGAAUACGCAUCGUAUUUUACGAUCUCUAAACAGACUGAAUCUAUACAGAUUGACAUCAUGGACGCGCCGCCAGAAGUAUUUGAAAACAAUGACUUUUUAGUUCUCAAUAUAAAUGUGUUUGAAGUCGGAUCUGUAAGUGGACAUACCACUGCCGUAUUGAAUAUAAUAAAAGAUAGACAGUAUAAAAAUAUUACCCCCGUAUUUAGCGAAGCCUAUUACACUGGACAGUAUUCUAAAGAUACUGGCCUUUUAUUCUCAUCUAUAAUAACCCUCAUCCAAGGUUAUGACGAAACUGUGACAUUUUUACUCGACAGCGAAGACUCGAAAGGUUUUGAAUUAGUAGAGACAGACGUAAAUAAUUUCACACUGACAUUCAAUGGAAGUUCAAGUGAAGGACAUAAGAAGAAUUACUUAUUGUUCCCCGUUAUAGCACUUAAACCAAACUCCAGACAAGGAAGCGCUGCAAUAUUUAUUUCUAUGACAGGAUCUCCGGAGACGAAUGUAUUCUUUGAUAAAAUUCUUUACAAUGGGAAACUAGAGGAUGACAUUCUCUCACACGAUACCAUAACAUUGACAGGUUUUAAUGGAACAAAUAUUUUAAUAACGGGUGAAAACUCGAGACUUUUUGAAGCGGAAUUCAUUAACGGCUUUGUAAAAGUCACAACAACGUCUUCUUCAGAAUUUCCGAGAGAGCUUACCCACAUAGCACUUGAAUUACAAGCAGGGAGUGCAAAGUCAGUACUUUUAAUAGAUGUCAGUUUUUCAGAUAAUCCGGAUCUGCCAAAGAUAGCAUUUAAAUCAGAAUCUUACUUCUUUUGGGCCGAUGUCAAACAGACGGGAGAAAUUGGAAAAGUUGAAGCAACGGUUGAUAAUGAUGAAGCUGUCACGUACUCCUUGCGUGUCACUAAUGAUCACAUAGCAUCUCGGCUUAACAUAGAUGAAAGUAAUGGAGUAUUACAGUUAACAAACGUCGCCGAGAAGGGAAUAUAUAAUUUCAAUGUGAAAGCGACUUCAGUUCAAAGCAAAGUUGAAGCUACAGCAUCAGUGCUAUUGCGUGUUGACGCUCUGCCGGAUUGCGGCGGCGAGGUUGGCUUAUCACCUUUGAUAGUUAUUGAAAGAGUUGAAGAAGAAGCUCAUUAUAAUUUGGUUGUCUUAAAUGAGACUGAACAUGAGGGUUGUAAGUAUACAUUAACAAACGUCUUCCCCGAAGAUCAAUCCUGGCUAUACGUCGAAAAUAACGGAUUGCAUACAAAGCCUAUUGACCGAGAGGACAAAUCAAUUGCUUUCAUGACUCUGUCUCAGAUUCAAGUGGAAUUAACACUUAAGUGCGACAGUGAUGGAGUACCGGCCUUCGCUAAGCGUUCAUUAGACGCAGACGAUAGCUCGUACCUCUAUUCUUACGACUACGGUCCUAAUAAAUGGGUCCUGACUGACACCAUUUUAUAUAAUGCCAGACGAAGCUUCGUGAACCUUAUCGUCAAAGAUAUUAAUGAUAAUUCACCAAAAUUCAACGGAAAGGAAAAUGAUACAAUUUACGUCGGAUAUCCGGUGUCCGAAAUAGAGGGGCUCGUUCUUCCACGUGCUCUUGCUGAAUUGAAGGCGACAGAUGAGGAUAUAGGAGAAAAUGCAGCUAUAAUGUAUUGGAGCGGGGAAGACAAUCUGGCCGUUUCACCAAAUACCGGUUUAGUUCACGUUCGCAAUAACGCAAAAUUGGAAAACAAUUCCCGUUUAACAGUAUAUGCUAUCGACCAAAACGGACAAGGGAACAACGGCUCUAUAGAUAUUGUGGUUAAAUUAUUAAAUAAAAACCAAAUUGCCGUCCUGACUAUAAGAAACGCAUUCUUGGAGGAUGAAUCUAACGUUUUAAAUGACUUGAGUAAUUCGGUGGGAUACGACAUUAAGGUUUUAAGGUCUAUUGUGAUUUCUGAUAGCUAUGACGAAUCCAAUAGAACGAAACGAGGCAUAAAUAGCAAUAGUGGAUCGUCUCUGCAACUAUAUGUUUAUGGUUUAAAGGAAAGUGAACCAGUCGACAUCAAUCAAUUGACCGGUGAUAUUAACAAUAAUAACGUAGCUACAAUCACCAUAGCCAGGAUUCUAUCUUUAGAAGAUCAUCUUGACAGUCUAGCGAUAUGUCCCGGACUGGAACGUGAUAUAGGCCUGCUAGCUACAACCAUCGCAUUAUCUAUCCUGAUAUUAAUUUUAAUUAUUGCGAUAUCUGUCUUGUUCUUCCUUAAAUGGAGAAUAACAAGAAACUACGAGAGAUUCAGUGAUAGCAACAGUACUACUUCCCAGCUAGCUUCACCCAAGCUUCCUGUUAUUGAAGUUCCUCAGAAAACACGUCUCAAUAUGGAGGAAAUAAAAAGGAGUGAGAAGAGACUACAAGAAAUGUUAGAAGAACCGGUCGAAAGUCAACUCGAUUCCGAAACAGACGAUAUUAAAGAAGUAAAUGAGACUCUUGAUGAGGCCAUUGUUAACAUAUCAAGUGAUGUUCAAUUACCUAUUAUAAUACAAUCAAUAGAUAAGCUGAAAGAUGGUAAUGACGAGUCUGAUGAUAAUGACGAAUAUGGUGAAAUGAAACAACCGCGGAAAUCUGUUGUGACGUUCAAUGAAAACGUUGAGAAAAUCAUUCAUAUAGAAGACGUUAAUGAAGAUGAAAGCUCAGAGCAGAGUUUUGAAGUUUAUAAAUUUUAAUAAAAAUUAUAUAUUGUUUUUUCA